GUUUGCACAAAACCACUAGCCGUGACAACGAACGUUGGUUCUCAAUAUACGAUACACAGAUGGCGAGAAUGAAAAUAAUAGCCGUCAUAAUAGGCGUACUGGGGGUGGUACCGUACGCUCUAGCCACCGACCAAUCAGAAAUUUUCCUCCCCAAAGAAGAGCCAAUCACGUCGCAGGAAAAUGACGCUGGACAAAGACGGGGCAACCCCGAGGUGGUUCUACAGCUGAAGUACGAUAGAGGAGGGCUGAAUAAGAUAUAUUUGGCUCAGUUCAGACAAGACGCGAAGGUUUGGAAACCGGCGGUGGCGGCGGGAACGAAUCUCUGCGCGGACCUGUGUCACGCAGGUCUUGGCGGCGAGGCAUGCGGUUCGUCUUGCACUCAGAUGAUCCCCAUCGGUCUGCAGAAUGCUUUAGAAGAUACAAACCGUACAGAUGUAUUGUAUGGACAACCAAGGGUCUCCGUGUGCCCGUCUCUUUGUGGCAACUAUCUAGGUGAGCCACUGUGCAACUGCAAAGAGAGCGAGGAGGAGGAACAUGACGUGGACUGGGCCGCGAUCUGUGCAGCGUUCUGUGUCGACGGAUAUACUCUUGGAGGAUGCCCGUUGUGCAACUCACCGGCGACGUCCAAUCCCGUCGCGUACCAGGCGUCGCGAGUGCUCAACACGUCCGAGGGAUGGCAAGCGUGGUGCAACGUGCAGUGCCGUCACGGACACGGCGGCGCCGCGUGCAACUGUGACAGGUCACCGUUUAGCGCAUAACGUUCACAGCACCGUAUUCCCGUUCCAAAUUUAAAUCGAUAAUUUAAAAAAAGAAUUAUUCAUUUAAAUCUUCAUAUGCCGAUAACUUUUUUUAUGUUUAUUAUAAUGGUUUUGCAUUGCAAUUUGACGGAAUUUAUAAGAAUAGGUUUUUGUAACGUCUUUUAAGUUUGAAACAUUUGCUAUAAAAUUUUAUUUCGUAUUAUUUAGUAUUUAUGUAUUACGGUAUUUCCUUAUUGGCCCAUUGCAAUUAAUUUACAAAUACUUAAUACCGAUCUCUCAUGCUCUAUUGAAUAAACUUAGGAAUUAUAGGUACCCAUUAAAACACGACAUGUAUAAUAAAUCUAAAUAUAAAAUUGACACUGUUAUAUAUGUUAUAAUAUUACUUGCAUAUUAAUUAAGUUAAAUGGAUAGAAUUCAUUUAAAUAUUUCUUAGAUAAUAAGGUAAAAUGCAUGGCUUAGUAAUAGAUAUAUAAAAUACGCGUAGUUAUUAAUAAUAAUAAUAAAUAACUUAUCACUGUUGCAUAUCCUUGCUUGCAAAAUCAAUAUGUAAUAAUUUUGUGAAAACAUGCGUAGGUAUAUUUAACUUUUGAACGCCGCGGUGUAUCGCACAGAAAUUAACUAUAAAAUUCCAGUAUUAUUUAUUCCUUUAGUAUAUACUAGUCUUUCGAUUUUUUUAAAAAAUCCCCAAAUCUAAUUAAAAAUGUAGAACUACGAUAUGAAUAUUAGAGUUAAAUAUUUUUAAUAAUUAUACUACACUGUACAUUAAUAUUAAAAUACUGUGUGUAUGACAAUAUUAACCAUAAUUAUAUGUAGUGGUGAACGACACCUUACUUAAGUAAAUUUACAUUUCUUUUAAUUACACAAAAUAAUCAUUUAUUUAAAAUUGUAAAAGCAUUUAUUAAAUUUUAUUUUCAAUUUAUUUUU